AUGUCUGCCAUCGUCGCAAACGCCCAGGCGUGCGUCGCCGUCGCGCAAGGCGCGCUCGAGCAGCGCAGCAGCCAACCAGCUGGCCUCCCCGGAGCGCGCAGGGUCGGCCUGAACGCAGCGCUCGCGACAAGCCUCACGCCUGCCGCGCCGCUGAAGCAAGCGACUCGGCGGCGUUCACGAAUUGCUAGAUGCUCCGCCGCGCCUCAAGCUCCCAGCGCGGCCAAGGAGGUGGCGGAGGAGGGGAGCGGCAGCAAGGGCUUCGGCGUCUUCCGUCUCACGUACGACCUCAAGGAGGAGGAGCACGAGCGGCGCAAUUGGAACAAGACGAUCCGCGUGGCGGUGUCGGGCGCGGCGGGCAUGAUCUCCAACCACUUCCUCUUCAAGUUGGCAUCAGGAGAGGUGUUCGGUCCGAACCAGCCCGUGGCCAUCAACAUGCUCGGUUCUGAGCGGUCCAAGGAGGCGCUGGAAGGAGUGGCAAUGGAGCUAGAGGAUUCACUCUUCCCGCUGCUGCGCGAGGUCACCAUCAGCAUCGAGGCGCGCACGGCCUUUGCUGACGCGAACUGGGCGCUGCUCAUCGGGGCCAAGCCGCGCGGGCCCGGCAUGGAGCGCGCCGACCUGCUCGACAUCAACGGCCAGAUCUUCGCCGAGCAGGGCCGAGCGCUGAAUGAUGUGGCCAACCCCAAUGUGAAGGUCAUCGUCGUUGGCAACCCCUGCAACACCAAUGCGCUCAUCUGCCUAAAAAACGCGCCCAAGCUCAACCCCAGAAACUUCCAUGCGCUCACGAAGCUGGAUGAGAACCGCGCCAAGUGCCAGCUAGCGCUCAAGGCGGGGGUGUUUUACGACAAGAUAUCCAACAUGACCAUCUGGGGCAACCACUCCACCACCAUGGUGCCUGACUUCGUGAAUGCGCGCAUUCUGGGCUUCCCAGCAGCGGACGUCAUUCGCGACCGCAAGUGGCUGGAGGAAGAGUUCACACCGCAAGUGCAGACGCGUGGUGGCGCUUUGAUCAAGAAGUGGGGGCGGUCGUCAGCAGCAUCAACAGCCGUGUCGCUGGUGGAUGCCAUCAGGGCGCUCACGACGCCCACAGCAGAGGGCGACUGGUUCUCAACGGGCGUGUACACCAAGGGGAAUACCUACGGCAUUGAUGAUGACCUCAUCUUCAGCCUGCCCUGCCGCUCCAAGGGCGAUGGCGACUACGAGGUGGUAUCUGGGCUUAUAGUGGAUGAAUACCUUCGUGCUCGCAUCAAGAAGACGGAGGACGAGCUAGUGGCAGAGAAGAAGUGUGUGUCUCACCUCAUCGGCCUCGACAAUGGCUAUUGCGACCUACCCGAGGGAGACACCAUGCUGCCUGGGGAGCAAUGA